GUACAUCACGCUUCUCACUACCAUCUGGAAGGACAAACAUCUUGGCAAAUCGAAAAUGGUGGAAUUUUCGCUAGCUACUGCAGCGAACUUCAUUGACGAGAACGACGAGUUCGACGAAGAGCCAGGGGAAGUGAUCGAGUCUGCUCCGCCGCUGAAGGUGGGCGAGGAGAGAGAAAUCAGGUGCAGCAACGCCACUAGCCUUAAAAAGAAGCUCCUCAAGUGUGGCGAUGAUUGGGAGAGCCCGGAAUUAGGCGAUGAAGUCACUGUUCACUACGUGGGUAGUCUACUUGAUGGAACCAAAUUUGCAUCAACUAGGGGCGAUGAUCAGCCCUUAACUUUCAAGCUUGGCCAAGGUAAACUUGUUACUGGCUUAGAUCAUGGGAUUAUUACAAUGAGAAAAGGUGAAAAAGCCUUGUUCACUUUGCCUCCGGAACUGGCGUUUGGAGCAACAGGCAGUGAUGGUGUUCCGCCAAAUGCUGCAACUCUGUUUGAAGUAGAACUCAUCUCAUGGAUCACAGUGGUAGAUGUUUGCAAGGAUGGUGGUAUUAUCAAGAGGAUUAUGGAGAAGGGAGACCUGACUGGGAUUACUGGGCCUCCUGGUGAUUUAGAUGAAGUUUUAGUAAGGUACACUGCAAUGACAUUUGAUGGUGCUAUUGUUUCAAAAACAGCUGAAGAGGGAGUAGAAUUUUACAUCAAAGAUGGUCAUUUUUGCAAAGCAUUACCUAAAGCAAUCAAGACAAUGAAAAGGGGGGAGAGAGUCAAUUUAAUUGUCCAGCCUCAGUAUGCCUUUGGGGAUAGGGAUAAGGAUUCUACCAGUGGCUUCCCUUUGGUUCCCCCCGAUUCUGUUCUGAGCAUUGAUCUGGAGUUGGUAUCCUUCAAGCCUGUGAUAGAUGUGACUGGUAAUUUAGGAGUUUUAAAGAAGAUUUUGAAAGAAGGGGAAGGCGCUCACACUGCAAAUGAAGGCGCAGCUGUUAGUAUUAGGUAUUCAGGUUUGCUCGAGGAUGGCACUUUAUUUGAGAAAAAAGGUUUGGAUGGAGGGAAGCCCUUGGAGUUUACAACUGAUGAAGAACAAGUUGUUAGUGGAUUAGACCGAGCAGUUACAACAAUGAAGAAGGGCGAGCUUGCAAUUGUGACAGUAAAGCCUGACUAUGGGUUUGGAAGCGAUGAAGUGAAGUGUGACUUUGCAACAGUUCCUCCUUUUUCAACCAUUGUUUUUGAAGUAGAAAUGUUAGAUUUCAAAAGGGAGAAGGCACCUUGGGAAAUUAGUAGUCAUGAGAGAAUUGAAGUAGCCAGUAGAAAGAAGGAAGAAGGAAAUGCACUCUUCAAAAUUGGCAAGUAUCAAAGAGCAUUGAAAAGAUAUGAUAAGGCUGUGGACUUUGUUAGUGAAGAUGGUCCCUUUGGAGAUGAUGAUCAGAACAUGAUCAAAUCAUUGCGAGUAUCGUGCUGGUUGAAUGGUGCAGCUUGUUGUCUCAAAUUGGAUGAUUUUGAGGGAGCCAUCAAACAAUGUUCAAUGGUCCUUAGUAUUGAGUGGUCAAAUGUGAAGGCUCUGUAUAGGCGAGCACAAGCUUAUAUGAAGACAAAUGACCUGCACUUGGCUGAAUUGGACAUCAAGAGAUCGCUGGAAAUUGAUCCUCAGAAUAGGGAGGUGAAACUAAUGCAGAAGAAUUUGAAACAACUUCAAGUUGAAAGCAACAAGAGAGAUGCAAACCUCUACACAACAAUGUUUGCGCGCAUGCUGAAUGAAAAUUCUCCAGCUACCAAGAGAUUAAAAGCUGGGACAAAUGAGGAUAAAACCGAGGACGAUAUUAUGGCUAUGGAAGUGGACAAGGAUCCAGUAAAUUCAAAUCCAACCCCUCCCAGGGAAUAGAAUCUUGUUUUCUAGUUGUGCAAUCUUCUUUGUGUGUAUGUAACUAUAUAUUUUUCUCUAUAGCAAUGGAGGGUGUUCAAUUUUAAUCCAAUAGGAAAUUGCUACAAUAAUAUCUCUCAUCUCUCCUUCCUUUUAUGUCUCCAUAAAUAAAAUAGUGGAGCUUGUGAAUUUCACUGUUAUAUUUUGCACAUUAAAA